AGAAUGUUGAAAUGGCAACGGUGUAACAUGUGAUGUAAGACAUUCACAACGAUUCAGACAUCUGAAAAAUGGCGAUGUAUCAAAACAUUUCUCGUGCCCUAUUGAGGUCUCGUUCGGCGAGCCAGCCUACAAUUUCUUGUGCCUCAUACCACCAAAAAGUAAUUGACCACUAUGAAAAGCCAAGAAAUGUCGGUUCAAUGGACAAAAAGGAUAUCAACGUCGGUACUGGCCUUGUUGGAGCUCCAGCCUGUGGGGAUGUUAUGAAACUUCAGAUAAAGGUUGAUGAAAAUGGGAAGAUAAUUGAUGCCAAGUUCAAGACUUUUGGCUGUGGCUCGGCCAUUGCUUCAUCCUCCCUAGCAACAGAGUGGGUGAAAGGGAAAUCGGUUAAUGAUGCUCUGAAAAUUAAAAACACAGACAUCGCCAAGGAGUUGUCACUUCCACCAGUCAAAUUGCAUUGCUCAAUGCUUGCUGAAGAUGCAAUCAAAGCAGCGUUGAAGGAUUAUCAAGUCAAACAAACUUCACACAAGAAAGCAGAGGAAAAAAGAAAUGCUGUUGCCCAGUAGGUUCUGGGCUUCAUGUAACAUGUUUUAGAUGUAGAGGUACCUCUACCAAUCCAUGUGAUGGAGAACUAAGAUAUAUUUCUGGUGGCAGAUAGCAAUGGAUACGUAACAAGAAGUUACUACCUUCGCUAGCUUCGCUAAAAUUAUCUUUUAAAAUUGUAAUGUCGAAACGAAAUACACGCUAAAAUGAAA